AUGCGCUCGCCCGAAUCUGAGGCGCACGUCGCCUGCCGCGAGAGGCAGUGGGCAAGGGAGAGGGCGGCGUCGUUGGAAGCGGUCGCACAGUCCUUCUGCGGCCGCCGUAGGAUGUCAGUGAUGCUCGAUCAUGAGGAGUGGGUCCUCGUGGUUUGUGCGGCAAAAUUUAUAGCAAGGGAGAAAUGGAUCAUCACGGGUGAUGGUAAUGGGGUGAUCCAUGUGUACAGUUACGACCAAAACCAACAUGACAAGACCUUGGAUGCUCAAGAUAGUUGCAUCACAACUUUGGUUGUGCAUCCAACGCAACCUUUUGUGCUGUCAUUAUCUGAUGAUGAAGAUGACCCAUUGAUCAAGCUUUGGGACUGGGACAGGGGCUGGGAAUGUACUCGAGAAUUUCGGGGACACACUAACAAAGUGAUGCAAGUAACGUUUAACCCAGAGAACAAGGACUGUUUUGCUAGUGCUUCCUGUGAUGGCACGGUCAAGAUCUGGAGCAUCUGUUCCGAUAAGAUCACCACACUGAAAUUGGGUGGUCAAAGCCUGCUCUGUGUUGAUUACUUUACACGCCGUAAUCAACGAUAUCUGAUCGUGGGCUGUCAAGACAAGACCGCACAGAUCUGGAAAUUGGAGAUGAAUGGAUGUUUUGACAAGCUAGAAGGGCAUGCAGGCCAUAUCAGUGCCGUCAGUUUGCACCCGGAGCAUCGAUUGUUACUUACAGGUUCACUUGACGGAACCGUACGCGUAUGGAACUCCAUUACCUACAAGCUUGAGAACAUAAUUGGUUUCAACCUCGGUGCAGUUUAUGCUUUUGGAUGCAUAAAGGGCUCAAGGAUGGUGGUUGGGUGUCAUGAAGGAAUAGCAAUGGUGAAAAUUUCUUUGCCUUCAGCAUCAAGGUGUUAGAAGAGAGUACAACGAAGAAAUAUUAUGAACAUAAUAAAUGCAUUUAUUGGUUCAAUAUUUGAUGUAGACAAUUGAACUUCA